AUGGUCAACUUGAAACUCUCGAGUCAGGAGAAAGAAAGCAAGGUGGAUGCAACCUUGUUCAAGCAAUUAGUAGGAUCUCUUAGAUAUAUGUGUAACAGCAGACCUAACAUCAGUUUUGGAGUUAGGUUAGUUAGCAGAUUCAUGCAUGAUCCAAGACAGUCUCAUCCCGCUGCAGCCAAGCACAUCCUGUGCUACUUGAAGGGAACAACAAAUUACGAUCUUCUUUUCCCCAAGAAGUUUGACAGUAUGAGUGGAGUUUUGGAGGCAUGGUGUGACUCAGAUUGGAGUGGUGAUCAGGUGGAUAGGAAGAGCACCUAUGGGUACUUGUUUAAGUGUAUGGGAGCUUCAAUCUCUUGGUGCUCAAAGAAACAAAAUGUUGUUGCACUUUCUUCCUGUGAAGCGGAGUACAUAUCCUUUGCAGAGACUGUCUGCCAAUGUGCAUGGUUAGAAGCUAUUCUACGUGAAUUAAAGAUCGAACAUAGUAAGCCAAUAUGA